AGACUGAACUUCAGAAAGAGAAAGAGGGAGCGGACAGAGAGCAAAACAGUUGUUUUUCUAAGCCCAUGUGGCUCACACAGAGACGUGUCUCACGAAAAGAGAGGGAAGAUUUUUUGUUUGUUUUCUUCUCUUAAUUUUCUCACACUGGAUCAUAUGGAAUUAAAACGUUGUUAAACUGGGAUUUUCUUCAAUCUGAAUUCAACUGUGAAACAGAUUUCAUCUCAGACUGAUUCUUCUUGUGGGACUAGUUUUAUUAGGAUCCUACUAGUUGUCAUAAUACCAGUCUGUCUCUGAGAUGGGGUCCAGAACUCUUCUACUUAUUCUGGGUCUUCAUUUCACUCUACUGGGGAACAUAGAGGCCAGAGUUUGCGGCCUGGGCUUCAUUGCCAAUGAGAGUCAACAAUGUGAUGAUACAGAUGAGUGUAAAGAGUUGGACAGUAACCCAACCUGUGGAAGUAAUGCCGCAUGUUACAACACAUAUGGAAGCUUCUACUGUAACUGUCUACCUGGGUUCAGAUCCACAACGACUUUCAAGUUUACUCCUUUCACUGGGGAGUGUAAGGACCUCAAUGAGUGCCUGGAGAACCCACCGGUUUGUGGCAGCAACACCAUUUGCAUAAACACCAUCGGGAGCUACAACUGCCAGUGUCAGCCUGGGUUCAGAGUUACUUACAAUGGACACUGUGCAGACAUAGAUGAGUGUAAUGAGACCGCUGGUAUCUGUGGAGUGGGCGGGGACUGCCAGAACCAGAAAGGAAGCUACAGUUGCCUCUGUCACCCUGGAUACAGUAACUACGACAACAAACAGGCUCAGUGCUCAGUACUGACCUGUGACCAGUUCAAAGCGAAUGAGACUCCUGGACAGACUGUCCCAGGUUUAGCUGGUCUCCUGUCUCUGAUGAGGAACAGCUGUCUGUCAUUAAGUAACUCUGGGGAUGCAGCCGGAGGGAGACUGACUGGAGAGGUGUUACUGGAGCAUGUCUUCACGGAGAUGGACGGCCUCUUGUCUCACGUUAUCCUAAAUAACAGCCGGGAGGUGAGUGGGUUGCUAGGCACCAUGGAAGACGCCAUGAGGCUCAUCGGGCCGCAGCUCAGAGACAACCACACCACCAGGGAGACAAACCACACAGCGACUGAGCUUGCUGUGAGGAGGGGACAGACUCAGCCCACUGGGCCAAUCAGCCUGGCCAAUGACAACGCUCGGCUGGACACCAGCUGGGAGACAGCCACCGGCAACGGGACAUACCCAGGUUUCGCUCUGGCUGGGUUGGUGUGUUACAAGACAGUGGAGAGAUCUGUCAACAACUCCUUCCAGUACCUCACUGACACAGACACAGACACAGCAACCGCCACAGCAUCAAAGCCUAACUACCAGAUCAGUUCCAAGGUGGUAACAGCCUUUGUCAGUAACCCAGCAACAGACCACCUCACCCAGCCUGUCAUCCUCACCUUCAAACAUCUACAGGUGAGGGCGGAGUCAAUGGAGAUGAACUACACCUGUGUGUUCUGGUCGGAGGGGCGUGUCCAUGAAGAGGGAGGGGCGUGGUCAAGGAGUGGCUGUACCAAAGUCACGUCUAACGCUACACACACCGUGUGUUCCUGUUCCCACCUUAGCAGCUUUGCUGUUCUCAUGGCCCUCUACCCUGUACAGAACACCUUUGAGCUGCGUCUGUUGACGUGGCUGGGUCUGUCGUUGUCUGUGGUGUGUCUGUUGCUGUGCAUCCUGACAUUCUGGCUGUGUCGGUCCAUCCAGGGGACACGCACCACCAUCCACCUCCACCUCUGUGUCUGCCUCUUCAUCGCUGACCUCGUCUUCCUCAGCGGUAUCUCACACACACAGAGCAAGGGUGGAUGUGGGUUUGUAGCAGGUCUCCUCCACCUGUUCUUCCUAGGAUCCUUCAGUUGGAUGUUGUUAGAGGGAGUUCAGCUCUAUCGCAUGGUGGUCCUGGUCUUCAACACUACCAUAAGACCUCUGUACCUGCAUGCUGUGGGAUAUGGACUGCCACUGGCUAUAGUCAUCAUCUCUGCUGUCACCUACCCAGAUGGAUACGGUACCACACAACACUGUUGGUUGUCUCUGGAGAGAGGAUUCAUCUGGAGUUUCUUUGGCCCAGUGUGCACCAUCAUCAUCCUCAACGCUUUCUUCUUCAUCAUCACUGUCUGGAGGCUGGCCCAGAAGUUCUCUAGUCUCAACCCUGACCUCUCCAACCUACGCAAGAUCAAGGUGUUCACAGUGACAGCAGUGGCCCAGCUGUGUGUGUUGGGUACUAUGUGGAUAUUUGGAGUGUUCCAGUUCCAAGAGGAGGGGACAGUGGUCAUGACAUAUCUCUUCACUAUCCUCAACUCUCUACAGGGAGCACUGCUGUUCAUCAUGCACUGCCUACUGAACAAAACGGUUAGAGAGGAGUAUUGCAAGCUGCUGUCCUGUAUCUGCACACCACAGAAAAAGAGAUACUCAGAGGUCAGCACUACCAACCCUUCCUCCAGCCAAUCCCAGGGUUCGAGGAGCGCAGAGAACACGGGGGAGUCGCAGAUAUGACGUCACCAAACCCCCAUAAUGCACCUCUUUACUUCUCCUCCCAUGACAAAGGUUCCCACCAGAUGGCCAAACUGUAAAGUCAAAAUGGUCAAUAUCGUAAACAUUUAUGAAAACAAAUAUUCGCGUUUAGCGGUGUGGUUAAGAUAUAUUGUAGAAAUGGGAAGUGUUUCUGAUUUAGUAUCUUGGCCAGAUAGUGACACACCAGAAACACUCAGCCCGAGGAUAGCACUGUUCAGACCAGGUUAGUAGAAAAUGUGUCCAACUAGCCAGCCGGAUAGUAAAAAUGGUAGUCCGCUAGCCAGGUUGGCCAGUACCCAGAAUCCUUCAGUUCCAUCCCUGAUUAGACACUUCAAAUCAAACUUGAUGUUAAUUAACCACUGUCUUAUCAAGCAUUAGGUUAUCCAAUCAGAAGUUAUGUGAUCUUCAUGUCAUCCAAUAGGAAUCCAUAUGGUCUUUAUGUCAUCCAAUAGAAAUGAAAAUCCUCUUUUUGAAAAUGUUCACAACCACAAAAGAAAGGUACUAUUUUCCACCACUUGGAUGAAACCAUAAACGUGAUGAACAGAAGCUUUCUUCCUUUACAUGAAUGUGAUUUAUAGUCAUAUUUAUUACCAAGAGCACCAGAUAGGGUGACUUUUCUACACAAAUAAAUCCAGAGGGAUUUAGAAAAACAUUAUGUGAAGAUAUGUGUUAGUUGUGACCUAUUGGACUGUUAUUCCGUUAUUCUGUAAAUGUGUUAUUGAUCUUUAACACGUUUUAAAUAACAUUUAAGAAUAAGUCUUUAUAAAUGAAUAUACAUGUUUAUAAAUUAUUAUAAAUGUUGUACAUUUUUAUGAAUGGAAGGCUGGUAAUAUUUACACAUUCUUAUAAAUGUUUACAAAUAUAAUUGUAAAUAGUUUAUAAAUCGUUUAAAGGUUUAUUCACGAUAGUUAUUAUCAAGUGUUACCAUGGACACCUCUAUGUACCUCUACUACCGUUAAAAAGCUUGGGGUCACUUAGAAAUGUCCUUGUUUAUGAAAGAAAAGUACAGCAUUUAUCAACAGGAUUUUAGAAAUCCCAGUGGUAAGAUUUCCAGAAUCAGGAGGGAAAAAACAGGAAAUUCUCCAACUGGGAUUGUCACUCAUGGCUCCACCUUAAAACGUUAAAACUCCACCUUAUCACUGGCCAACAAAAUAUAGUGUAGCAAUCCUGACCUGGACUUAAACCUAGGUAAGGCAACUGUUAACCUAACAAAUUAGCCGCUAUGCCAAGAGAUCCGAACAGCUUGACGAGGUUGCUAGGUGUUGGAUUAAAGUUGUUUCAAUAGUUGUAUAGGUUUAGGAAUAAAGUAGUAACAAUGUACUGUACAGUUCUGCCAUUGUAGAGGUCCUUAGGUACAGAUCUAGGAUCAGAAUACAGUAAAUUACUGUACAGUUCUGCCAUUGUAGAGGUCCUUAGGCACAGAUCUAGGACCAGAACACAGUAAAUGUACUGUACAGUUCAGUAGAGGUUGUCCUUAGGCACAGAUCUAGGAUCAGCUUACCCAACCCAAAACCUAACUUAAAGGGCUAUCCAGGAUUGGUACAUCCAGUUUUUUUUUACUUUUAAAUUAUUGAUUUAUUGCUCUUGGUUCUUGUAGAAUAUAACUUAAAACUGCCUUGUGACCAGGUCAACAGUCGUUCCCUAUCAGUACCCCAACUAUAAGCUUGUUUUCACUCCAUUGUUUGUACACGAUGUAAAGGUUUAAAACUUGGUUGAAAGUAUCAUGUUGAUCUCAUGGAUGGUCAGUCCUUGCAUCCAGAGAUCCAUCUGUGAUGUUGAGAGUGGUUAAAUUUAUCCAGGCCCAUCCCUCAGCUGUUAACCACAACAAGUGGUGGGAUGACCUGUUAGUUGUUUUUUAAAUCCCAGACUGCCCCUUUAAGGUUCCACCCUAGAACCUAGUCUCAGAAUAACCAUGGAGAUUCAGUAGAGUCUUAAAACAAUCUAAACAACGUCUACAUUCAAUGUUGUGUGUUUUAUAUUCUAUUCUCUUGCACUUUUACAAGUUGUGUAUUUUAUACUUUUAGAGAACGUACCAUUUUCAUGUCCUUUAUCAACACCGUUCUGAAUGUAAGCACUUAGUGUUGUACUUGACUGUGUACUCUGUAGUGUGUGUGUGUGUGUGUGUGUGUGUGUGUGUGUGUGAGAGAUAGAGAGUGGGUAUGUUUCGGUAGCUUCAGCCACAAUAAAACGUUGCUACAAAUAA